AUGCACAGCCAGCCAAGAUCAGCGACGGAGACCGUCCCCAAUCGCUCAUGGGGUGCCACAAUCCUCUUCACGACUGUAUUCCUCGCAAUAUCGGGCGCCGCCAGCUGGUACCAGUUCGUGUUUUCGCCCUCUUCAACAUCUUACCAGGUUUUGGACGCCGUAAUCAAGAGUGCGGAGCUGCCUGAUGGUGUGCUGCUCAAGACAAGAUGGUUAAAUGUCAAACCCAUCGACCACGUACUUACUCUUCUGGUCGGGGCCUUCUACCCGGGCGCUGUUGGUUACGAUGUCGGCGCCAAGCUGCAGCAGUCCCAGUUUUUGCUGAGCUAUUCGACGUGCAUCGCGUUUCUCACUGUCGAAAGCUUAAGGGUCCGCAAUCGGUGGACUUUGCUUGGCUUCCAUACUAUCUGGGCGUUCCUUUACCAGAUAGUGACUGGCAUGGUCACUCUCCCACCGGUCUUCAUACUUCGACCGAAAUCUCGAAGUCCCGAGCUCCAUUGCCCGGGCGCUGGCCCCUUCAAUGAUAUUCAUCUACAUCAUCCCGACGAUACUUAUGUAUCCCCCUUGCCCCAAUCCAAAGUACAACCAGAUCGCCGUGGCCUUCUGGCAACCUACACCAAUCUCCAUAGAUCUAGGCGUCUAUGUGCUAGACCUAACACUAGCACAAAGCACAUAACCAAUCUUUACAAAGUCACGUUCGUCGUGAGCGCCAUGGCACACCUCACCACCAUUUACAUCCUUUUUACCACUACUGGCAACCUACAGCUGACCUUUGACCACGUCUUGGUGCCCAAGCUUGACCUUGAAACAAUACAAGACUUCUCUACGGGCAUGCACCGCAUUUUCCAGUGGGACUACUGGCUUAUCUUUGUCUCCGCGAUCAUCUGGUCGUGGCUGGGCGUCUAUGACAUAUCAAAGAUGCAGAAAGCAGAUAGUGUCUUGACAAAGUGCCUUGGGAUUGUAGCAGCUGCUAUUAUAGUUGACCCCGGCGCCACUCUGGCUUACUUUGGCAUUUGGAGAGAGAAUGAACUUUCUGCUAUUAUUAGAAAGCAAUCGGUUUUGAAAGAUAAGAAGAAAUAA